AUGCGUACGAACUAUCAUCCGCGGCGCACCAUCACCGCUCGUAAUGCUAAGCUUUGUGUGACUCAGAACGAGACUACAUUCCUCAUCUUCACUUUCAUCACACUUGGAGUCCCAGAUAAAUCGUUAGCAAACUUCAACACACAUCCGUAUGCUCAAACAUCCACCAGUGCUGGAGCAGUUUCUUUGCCUCGACUCACAAACUCUGCACCUGUCACAAACAAGGUUCCCUAUAACGCCAGCUUACCAGUUCAAGGCUUUGUGCAGUUUGAGAGAACCUGGCACCAUACAACGAUUCUGCGCAUGGUCGGCCGUGGUGGUAAACCCCACCGUGGAGGUCGAGGCCGCGGCGGUGUUGAUCCUGGUUUACUGAGAAAUAGCAAGCGUGGCAUCUGCUACCUAUUCCAGAGAACAGGUCGCUGUGAACGUGGCCCAGCUUGUCAUUAUUCCCAUAGCGCAACCGGCAGCUCUGAACCACGUCAAGCAAUGCGAUCGCAGGAGACUACGGAGCAGCAACAAUCCAGACAGUCUUACAAUGCGUGGAAACGGCUUCUUAAUGAAGCAUCUUCUGAUCCUCACAUCAUGCGGAGGUUGUGGAAAGGCGCACUAUCCAUCCUAGAUGAGGGCGCUCAUGAUUGGAUUCAGCAACUCGCCCGCGAUUUAGAUGAAGACGAAAGAGGCCGGGUCCAUAUGAAGUCACUGCUCACUACGCAGAUAGGCCACGGCCUUUCCGAUGGCCCGUUAUCUAACGCCCGCCACUUUCUCCUCACUUUGACGCACCCCACUUUGUUACGCUGUCUAGCUGUCGAUACACAAGUUGGCUCUCUCUACAACUUCUUUGGCGGUGUCAACGGCAGAAUGGCAAUUACCUUUCUUGGGCAGAUUUCCAAAGCUUUGGUUGCGACUCCAAACGAUACGGUUGACUCAAGCUCGCUGAAGAGCAUUGAGAUAACGCUAGGAGCUAUGGCGUUGGCGGUGUUCGAGCUCCUGAAGCGGGAGCGAAGAGUUCGUUUUAAUGAAACCAUCUCAUCGUUGAUCGAUUCAAUCCAAGCUGCGAAUGACAGCUUCAGACAUAGGAUGGAACCCACUUGUGCGACACGCAUCGAUAAACGGCUUGUCGACGUACGUGCUAUCAUCUCACGUGCUCAAGAUUUGCUCCCAGGUAAUCUCUCAGACAAUGGUGGCGAUGCCAUCGACGACAACUCCAGAUCAUUCUACCCGCGCGAAUUUGUUGUUCCGUCUGAUCGACAUGACAAUGACAAGAAGGAUAUCACGGAAAUCGCUAUAUUUCCUACGCGCGACGAGAUAAUGAGUGACGCCAAAGACUUUCUACCAUUUACAGACCCUGACCAAGGUCAUUUCCUCAAUGAUCCAGUGCAGCGGCAUAUUGACACUUACUUUCGACUGGCGCGCCACGAUACAUUUGGGGAGCUCAAAGAAGCCCUUGCUGGCGUAAUGCACACGGUGGCCCAGAAUCCGAACGCAAUCAACAAUCCUAGGCACAACUUUGGCGAUAUGCGCACAUAUCAAUAUUCCAGCGCAUUCGUUCGUUAUAUUAGUAUGGAUGGUAGAAAAGGUCUACAAGCUCAGAUCUCCUUCUUGCAGCCAAGCUCUGUCCGUGCAAGGUCAGUCGGAGAGAGGGAGAGGUGGUGGAAGGAAUCUAGAAGGCUCGAGAAAGGUUCGUUACUCUCCCUCAUCUGGGUCCAAGAAUCUGUUGUGCAACAUAUUUUCCUCAGUGUGUCCGGAAAGACCGUCGACUCGAAGGCAGAGUACGGUUUGACAAACAACAGCCAUGUGGCCUGCAUCACAGCCAGUCUGGUAACAGAUGAUCUUCCGACAUUCCGCACACUCAUGGAAGCCAAUGCAAAACAAUUCCACGGCAUGCUUCUUGAGUUUUCAAAGGUCAUACCUGCAACAUUUGUACCGAUUCUGGAAAAUCUGCAGGCCAUGCAGCGCCUCAAUCGCUUGCCAUUCAAAGAAUGGAUCAUACCCAGAAAGUUGGAUGAUUCGUCACGCUCAAGUACUAUUUCUGACGUCCCACCACCUUUGUAUGCUCGAACUGCUGGCUUCAAGUUCCCUCUGGAAGCUCUGACGAAGACCAAGGAUGCGCCAUUCUACCUAGAUGGAUCCUCCUCCUGCGAUGACGGACCAUUACUGGACGAAUUGGAAAAGAAGACGGAGCUCGAUCGUGGCCAAUGCCGCGCACUGGUUGCAGCUCUGCUACGGGAAUUUGCGUUCAUUCAAGGCCCGCCCGGUACUGGAAAGAGCUACCUUGGGCUGCAAAUAAUGAAAAUACUGCUGGCUAUCGCGAAAAAGGCCGACCUCGGACCCAUUCUCAUUGUGUGCUACACGAACCAUGCAUUGGACCAAUUUCUCGAACAUCUUCUCACUAUCGGUGUCCAGAAAGUCAUUCGUAUGGGUGGGCAAAGCAAGUCUCCGAAACUUCAGGAUCAUAAUCUUCACAGUAUUGGCAAAUCGGAAGCGAAGACCAAGUCUGAGAGAUAUAUGGCAGGGAUGACCUACGGAGCACUCGAGAAGAGCGAGAUGGCUAGCAAGUCUAUCUUCGGCGCUCUGCGUGGCCUACAAAAGCGCACAGACUGGGACAGCCUAAAGUUCCAUAUCCGAGAGCAGUACCCGGAAAUUUAUACGCAAUUCCGCGAUACGGAUGAUGAAGGGUUCGAAACAAAAGGUCGUCAUCCCUUCGACGUCUGGAAAUCAAGAGGAUCCAGCAGUACUCAAGCUCCAGUCCCUCGGCUACCAGCGAUCCUGCAAAGAGCUGCUGUCAACGUUCAUUCCCUCAACGCCACAGAACGAAUGGCAUUACUUGCUCACUGGAUCAAUCAGGCUCAACAAGAUAAAAUUGGCGAACUCUUUGAGAUUGUCAGCGACGUAGCCAAAAACCGAAGUAAGUUGGGCGAUAUUCACGAUGAAUCCGAUCGCAGGAUUUUGCUGCAGGCAGACGUCAUUGGUGUGACCACUUCUGGUCUAGCUAAACGCAUUUCUGUGCUCCAGGAAGUUAAAUGUAAAGUGGUGAUUUGCGAAGAAGCAGGAGAAGUGAUGGAACCACAUAUGCUGUCGGCAUUGCUGCCAGAUGUGGAGCAUUGUAUCCAAAUUGGGGAUCAUGAACAGCUCCGUCCCUCAGUCAACAACUUCCAAGAUUUAUCCUCGGAGAGUGAGCGCGGAAAGCUGCAUGCAUUGGACCGAAGCCAAUUCGAGCGUCUUUCGAUCGGACAACGCGGACGACCCAUCAUGCCAGUCGCACAACUCAAUGUUCAGCGAAGAAUGCGUCCUCAGAUCUCUUCGUUGAUACGAGAGACAAUCUAUGAGAAGCUGAUUGAUCAUAAGUCAAUCUCAGACUUACCAAAUGUGGUGGGCCUGCGUAAGAAUUUAUUUUGGCUCGAUCAUCGGAACUUCGAGAAUGGAAAAGAUGUGGCCAUUCAGCAUACCAAAUCCAAGUCCAAUGACUGGGAGGUAGAUAUGGUACAUGCUCUAGUUCGUCACGUCGUGCGGCAAGGGGUCUACGGCAGUGACGACAUUGCCGUGUUGACGCCCUAUACUGGCCAGCUCCAGAAGCUUCGCUCAACGAUGAGAAACAGUUUUGAAAUUGUUUUGAGUGAUCGCGAUCAAGAUGCUCUUGAAGAGGAUGGUUUUGGCGUUGAAGAUCUGGCUGACAUGAACAAGGGGUCACCUGCCCAAGAAGACCAUCGUCAGAAGCCGCUACAGAAAAAGAACUUUACUGAGUUACUGCGAGUCGCCACGGUCGACAAUUUCCAGGGAGAGGAGGCAAAGGUCAUCAUUGUCUCUCUUGUUCGCAGCAACGAGAAACGCAACGUCGGCUUCCUGAAGACCACAAAUCGCAUCAACGUACUGCUCAGUCGUGCUCAGCAUGGAAUGUAUCUCAUCGGCAAUGCGGAGACUUACUCGAAUGUUGACAUGUGGCAGAAAGUCAUCAAUAUGUUACGCGCCAAUGAAUCCAUAGGUAGUGACCUGGGUUUGUGUUGCCCUCGACACCCCGCUACGUCCAUCGAUGUUCAACAGCCUGAGGACUUUCCAAAGUUGAGCCCAGAAGGUGGUUGCAGGGAGGCAUGCACUGAUCGGCUCGAGUGCGGUCAUCGAUGUCAGUCACGCUGCCAUUCAGAAUCAAUGCAUGCAGUUUUCCACUGCGAGCAGCCAUGCCAACGUCGACGGCCUUGCGGUCACCCUUGCCAGAAAGCAACAUGCGGUGAACCCUGUGGGAAUUGUAAGGUCAAGCUCGAUAACAUCAAGCUUCCUUGUGGUCACAUCAAGGAUCAGGUGGAAUGCUAUCGUACCCUGGACUUGUCCCAGAUAUUCUGCGGUGUGAAAGUCUCAAAACAAGUGCCUAAUUGCGGACAUACGCCUGUUGUAUCCUGCUCAGAAGAUGUCACUAAGAAGAACUUCAAAUGUCCCACUUCCUGCAACACUUCGCUGCCUUGUGGUCACACCUGUGCCGGGAAUUGCAGUCGCUGCAAAGCCACAGGUACACAGAGCGAGGUGAUUGUGAAGCACAUUGCCUGUGCAAAGAUCUGCGGCAGAAAAAUGGGAACAUGCAAUCAUAACUGUCAGCAGCAGUGCCACGAUACCACUAAUUGCGGGCUCUGCCAACAAUCUUGCGACGUACAAUGCAAACACAACAAAUGUCCCCAGAAGUGCUUUGAACCAUGUGCGCCUUGCAUAGAGCCAUGUGUUUGGUCAUGCGAGCAUCAGGGCGAAUGCAAGAUGCCCUGCUCCGCUCCGUGCGAUCGAUUACCUUGCGACGAGCGGUGCACCAAAAUACUACCUUGUGGCCAUCAGUGUCCCAGCAUUUGCGGGGAAACCUGCCCAGUUGAUUGCUGUCAGCAGUGCGAUAUGAAGACUGAUGAACAGCCGGAUAUGAUCAUGAUGACACGGUACGCUGAUUUGGACCUGAAUGAAUCGCCUGUUGUCGUCCUUGGCUGCGGCCACUUCUUUACUACCGAAACUUUAGACGGACAUGUUGGUCUCAAGGAUGUAUACAUGCAGGACCCGAUAACAGGAACUUUCCACGCGCUCAAGGAGUCUUCCGAGCUCGCUCCAUCAGUUCCGCAGUGUCCUAACUGUCGCAGCCCGAUAAAACAAUAUGUUACUCAACGCUACAAUCGUGCCAUCAAUCAAGCUGUAAUCGAUGAGAUGUCUAAACGUUUUAUUGUCAACGGGCAACAGCAACUGCAGCAGAUAGAGACCCAGCUAAGUAAAGUAGAGAGCGACCUCAACAAAUCGCGCAAAUCCCUCAUCCCAGAUCCCAAAGUAGCAUUUGAGAAUCAUAUCCUGAUCAAUCGGGUUAUCGGCAGUAUGAACGGCGCGAUUGCGAGUAGAUACAAAGAAACUAUCUCCCUGAUCAACGAAAUCAUGGCUUUACAACGCAGGAUGGCUACCCAGCACGAACCUGGGCAAAAACUCCACCAAGCAAUCGUCCACCAUCAAUUCCAAGGCGCUUCACUCGAUGCCGCAAUGCAGAAUUUGUCACUCAGCUCUUCGGCAGGAAUUACAAAGGGCUCAAGUGAUAUGCGCGUCACCUACGGUGCCCGUCUCCUGGAUAUCAAAGCCCACGGCCUACUACUCGAAGACAAGUUCGAAAUUGCCAGUAAUCUCCGCUCCAAGUUUCCAGGUCAUCAAGCAUCCCUCAGCUUCUGGGGAGGAUCACCCACGAAGAAGACUGCUCCAUAUCUCAAAGACUGCGAGAGUUCCGUCGCGGAUUGUAUUACGGAGAGUCUUCCCAAGCUCGCUGUCGAGGCAACAUUGUACUAUGCUCGAAUUGCCCAGCUCUUUGGUAGUUCGGGUUUGGCCAAUGACACUGAACGUGCGUGCGCCAAAGCGUACCGCGAUACCGCCAAGCAUCUCCUGCAAAACGCUGAGCAGCUCUGCGAACAUAAAUUUCGCGAUCGGGAUACUUUGCGCCAGGCUAUCGGACAUGCCAAUAAUAUGCUGAGCAAGGAAUUUUACGAGACCGUGUCACAGGCGGAAAUGGACAUGAUCAAGACGGCCAUGGUGAGCGGUCGGGGAGGGCUGGCUACACAUUCUGGACACUGGUAUAAAUGUGUUAAUGGGCAUCCGUUUGCAGUUGGCGAGUGCGGUAUGCCUAUGCAGCUUGCUCGUUGUCCUGAAUGCGGGAAUCCGGUUGGUGGCCAGGAUCAUACUCCUACUGCUGGUGUUACGCGUGCGGAGGAUAUGGAGCGUUGA